AAAAAAUCUAAAUUUUCGCCGUAUUUUCCAUUUUCGUUUAAAGCUAGGGAAAUUUCAAUUUAAAUACAUCUUUCUUAAGUUGCUUAAAUUACUAGAUACAAAUUAAAGGAGAAUUCUCAAUACACGGUAUAUUCGACUAAACAAACUGUGUCACUAUAGAAUAAAGUCUAGAAUAGAAACAACAAAUUUGUUCAAAUUUCUUUCCUUAGUUUACUUUAAUCUAUGCCAACACACUCGAAUUUUUAUCCUCGGCAUCCCCGAUUCUAAUGUCAGUUACAUCGUAAUGUUUGAUAAUUGUUGAAAUGAACUUUUGGACUAUUUGUAAUCGCUUAUUAAUGUUUUAACACUCAUGAAAUAACAGUAAAGAGUUUUAAUUGCAUGUGCAUUGUUUAAAUGCGUUUUAUUUAUUGAGUGAAGUAAUACUUGCUUCUUUUAUACGAUCAGUGAAGAUUAUUUCGUAAAAUGGCUGAUUCCAGUGACUUGGAUCGGCAAAUAGAACAACUGAAAAAAUGCGAAAUCAUCAAAGAAGCAGAAGUCAAAGCUCUUUGUGCCAAAGCACGUGAAAUUCUGAUUGAAGAAAGUAAUGUGCAAAGAGUUGAUUCUCCAGUUACUGUAUGUGGAGAUAUUCAUGGGCAAUUUUAUGAUUUAAAGGAACUAUUUAAAGUUGGUGGUGAUGUACCAGAAACAAAUUAUCUGUUUAUGGGAGACUUUGUUGACAGAGGGUUUUAUAGUGUUGAAACAUUCCUUCUUCUUUUGGCAUUAAAGGUCCGUUAUCCUGAUAGGAUUACAUUAAUAAGAGGAAAUCAUGAGUCUCGACAAAUUACACAAGUUUAUGGUUUCUAUGAUGAAUGUUUACGCAAAUAUGGUAGCAUUACAGUUUGGCGAUAUUGUACCGAAAUAUUUGAUUAUUUAUCUCUUUCUGCUAUCAUUGAUGGAAAAAUCUUCUGUGUACAUGGUGGAUUAUCUCCAAGUAUUCAAACACUUGAUCAAAUAAGAACAAUAGAUAGAAAGCAAGAAGUACCUCAUGAUGGUCCCAUGUGUGAUUUACUUUGGUCAGAUCCAGAAGAUACUCAAGGUUGGGGAGUUUCACCACGUGGUGCUGGUUACCUAUUUGGAAGUGAUGUUGUAGCACAGUUUAAUUCUGCAAAUGACAUUGAAAUGAUUUGUAGAGCACAUCAGUUAGUUAUGGAAGGUUAUAAAUGGCACUUUAAUGAGACUGUUUUGACCGUUUGGUCGGCACCUAAUUACUGCUAUAGGUAAAUGAAUAUUCAAAUAUCAAGUAAUUACUUUUUGAUUUUUUUAAAACUAAAUAUUAAUAAUAUUUUUCUUGUAGAUGUGGAAAUGUUGCUGCAAUAUUAGAAUUAAAUGAACACCUUCAACGAGAAUUUACAAUAUUUGAAGCAGCACCACAGGAAAGUCGAGGAAUACCUAGUAAAAAGCCCCAGGCUGAUUACUUUUUAUAAAAAAAAUUUAACUGAAAAAAUGACUGCAUAAACCAAAAUAUCUCCAAAUGUUUCUUUUUUUUUUAAAGAAAGAUAUCAUUUCAAAUGAUUGCAUGACAUAUAUUUACAAAAAAAGUAAGAAGAUUCACAUAGAAGAAAAGGAUCAUGUAGGCAAAGACAAUGUUGAUUAAUUUGUAAUUGAAUAUUAUCAAUGGACUGCUAUCGGUAUUGAAAAUAUCAAUUUGAUAUAAUAAAUAUUAUGAGUACAUGUGUUUUUCAAUAUUAUAUGUUUGUUAAUAAGAGAACAUGUAUGAUUCUACAGACCAUACUAAAUAGUUUUGUCUUUGAUGAUAGAAGUAUAUGUCUUUUAAAAAAAUGUGCAUUUUAUCAUUUCUCAAGCUUUAAAGAUACAUUCACGUGUUAAAUAAAACAUUUAUAAUACAUCUAAUUACUAUAAUGAGAUGAAAUUUCUUUUGCCGUUUGUGGGAAUUAAUUUCUGUAAUUAUUUCAUAAAAAAUGUUUUUAAUAUGUGUAAAAUAGAAUGAAACAAUAGAAUAUGUUAUUUCAUUUGUACAAAUAUUGUACAAAUACUUAAUUUGUAUAUGUUCUUAUUUAUAACUAAAUUCUAGUGAUUUAAGAUAAUUGUUCUUACUCCUUUUUUUUAAAAAAAUCGUAUUUUUACAUAUACUUUCCUAAAAUACUGAUUUACGAUUUAGCCAAAUAAUAAAAUAGAAAAUGUAAUUAAAAUUUAUAAAUAAUUAUUUGAUUUUACUUAAAACAUAUUUUUAUGUAACUACAUAUAUCUUCAGCUAUUUUGUUAAAGUAACUAAUUGUUUUGUAAGUUAAUUGUACAGUGAAUUUCGAAAAUAAUUUUAAUCAAUCUUCCAUUAUAAUAAUUAUUUCAAAGAUUAGUCAUUUUAUUUUUAUUAACUUUUAUUUUGUAUCAUUGCUAAUAAUAUAUUACUUUUUACUAAUAAUUUACAUAUUUUUAAGAAUAAUUAUAAUAUAAAUUUAAUAUAAUAUAAAUUUUCUGAUAUUCUGUGAGUGAUAAUUAUGAUAAUGAAUUAUGUACAUAUAACAAAAUAAUAUCAAACAACUAUUAAACAAUUACAGUAAUAUAUAUAUUAAAUAAAUAUCUUUAAUAAGUAUUAAUUAGUAUUAUUUAUAUAUUAGUAUUAAUACAAAUUUUGUAAGUAUAUGUACAUUUUCGUUCUAAAUUUCUUUUUAACAAUUAUUUUUAAAAAUAUAGAAGCUAAGAACGAUGAAAUAUCGUGA